CUUCGCGCGCCUUACAGUGAUCGAUGGAAACGUCAAACUUGUGGGAAACACGUGACCAUCAGCAGGAUUUUCUGCUAGUCUGACGUCUGUUACAAGAUCAAAUUCAGAAUCUUCUGACUUCUUCGGCACUUUUUGUUCUGACGGCAGAAAUUCCGAGUCUCUGCUGCGCCUCAAACGCAGCAACGCAACACCUUAGCUAGCCAAUCAGAGAGCAGUAGCAUGACCAGACCGGAAGAAAAGCUCUGAUCGAUCAUGAUCGAUGACCAGCUCGUUUGACCGUGUUUACCAGGUAAGCUCUACAAGAUUGGCUGAGCAGACUCCGGGUGGACCGGUCCAAACGCCGGGUUUUUCCAGAACCGGGAGAACUUCUGGGUUGGUGCUGUUAGACAUAGUGAUGCGUUCAGGGACAGUAUCGCCGCUUUAAUUUCUUAUUUCUGUAUUAUUUAUUUAGGGAAUAUUGUUCUGUAGCAAAAUCAGAACCUGAACCAGAACCGUAACUGACGGCCCGGGAGAACAUACUGGAUCAGUUCCAGGAAAAGAUCCGGUUCUUGUGCAGGAAUCAAUCCAGAGUUCACAGAGGAAUAAAAACUGAUAACAUCAGAGCAAAGGUCCAUUCAAUAAUCUGCUGGAAUAACGCGAACCUUUAACUCCAUCAUUUCUCUCUGGUCCAAAGUCUCCUGGUGGACCCGGGAGUCCAAACCCGCCCAGAACCUUCCGCAGAACCUCUCUGGAUUCAAUAAAUGAAUACAUAGCAUGAUCAGGUUCUGUAGAGGAUCCGGUCCAAAGACGACUAUGUCCGUUUGAAACUUCCGACCGAUCAGAACACCGAACAAACGGGAGGUUCAGGUUCCGGCAGGCCCAGGAUGGAGACCCAGUCAGAGUUUUUCUUCUGCAGCGGAGCAGCCACCGAGGUUCUGAAAGUCGGUUCCUCUCAGCUGUCAGGAGAAGAAGUGCUGCUGCUCCUCAUCCCAGGAAACCCGGGGGUCGUGGGCUUCUAUGAGAGCUUCUUGCUGACGCUGCACGGCAUGCUGGGAAGGCCCGUCUGGGCGGUGAGCCACGCCGGCCACUGCGCUCCUCCGGACUCCAUGGACCUCGUAGAAGAUGGCGCGGCGGCGGCACGACGGGACGUUUUUGGACUGGACGGACAGAUCCAACACAAGCUGGCUUUCAUCCGGGACCGGGUCCCCAGAGGAACCCGGUUGGUUCUGGUGGGCCACUCCAUCGGCUGCUACAUGAUCCUGGAGAUGAUGAGGAGGAGCCCCGAGCUGGAGGUCCUGAAGGCCGUGCUGCUGUUCCCCACCAUCGAGCGGAUGGCCCAGAGCCCGCAGGGAAAGGUCAUGACCCCGGUGCUGUGCCAGCUGCGCUACCUGGCCUACCUGCCGCUCUUCCUGCUGUCGCUGCUGCCGCAGCGCGUCGCCGCCCUGCUGGUCCGCCUGCUGCUGCGUGGCCUGCCGGCGCUGGACCCCUGCGUGUUGCGGCCGGCGCUGCAGAUGUUCUCCGGAGACUGUGCAGUGAACUCCAUGUACCUGGGCGGCCAGGAAAUGAGGAUGGUUCAGGAAAGAGACAACGUUACCAUCCAGAAGAACCUGGACAGGCUCAUUUUCUAUUAUGGAGCCACGGACCACUGGUGUCCGGUCAGCUACUUCCAGGACAUGAGGAGGGACUUCCCGCACGGAGACAUCCGGCUGUGUGAGCGAGGCGUUCGGCACGCCUUCGUCCUGGAUGCGGGGCAGGAAGUGGCUCAGAUGGUGGCGGCGUGGAUCGGCGGCUCUCUGACGGCGUGAGGUUCCACGCCUGAGAACCCAAAACCUGCCAGACCAAACCCAGGGCCAAACGGUCCACCUGACCUGCUCCCACACACAUCGUCAUUAAAUCCUUCAGCGCCUGAAGCUUCAUCAUCAUGUGGGGAAUCAGAAUUCACAUUGUUGUUUGGCUCAUGCAGUUAUUAAUAGAUUAAUCAAUAAUUCAUUCAGUUAUUGAUGAAAUGGAUUCUGUGGUUUUGGCAGCACCUCAAACGGUGUAGAGAAUCUGAAUUCUGCGGGACAAAAUGUUGGACUUGAGUAGGUUUAGCUAUGAAAUGAGAUGCUCAUGGAAAUGAUUAGUAACACCAGAAGAUUAGACGAAAAGCUAAACAGCUAGUUUAGCUAACUACUAACUAAACCAGUAGUUAGCAGGUGAGCUGCUAGCAGUUUAAUGAAUCAGACAUAUAUUUAAUGAGCCAUUAAUGAAUAAAAUAAAAUGCAUUUGAAAUUUGUUAUUAAAAUUAUUGUAAUUAAUUUAGCACUUAAUGAAUUUAACUGUUAAUUUGUGGUUUUAUUUUUCUAAUUAAUUGUGUUUUAAUAAAUUUAUUUUGACUAACUAUUUUUAAAUGAUUAUUUCUAUUAAUAUUUAUUGCGGAUCACUGCUGCCAAGACCCGCCUCCUUUCAUAAUCGGACCAAUAGCGGCGAUGGACACUUUAAACUGGGAUGAUUGAGUCACUGGUUGCCAUGGUGAUUUCCGCCAUAGCAGGAUGUCUGUAAGAAAAAGUGGCGUCUUAAACUGUGAGGGUCAGAACAUUCUGGUUCCUGUUGGAGAUGUGAACAGAACCUCCAGGUUCUGUUGGAACCAUUCAGAACUGAAGUGGGUCGGGUAAAGUCCUUUAGCCGGUCUGGUAGAACCGGCUAAAGGAGUAACGAACCCAAAAGUAACGGCGCUAAAUGCAGCAAACUGCAGUGACGUUGCACCAUUACCAUGGUAACGGGUUGCUGUUCUUCCAGUAAUUGCGUCAGUUUGGUGGAACGUUAGCAUUCCCCUGCAGAACAGCGCCCUCUGCUGGCAGGCAGUGGCUGCUGGUUCCACAACCACAUCACUGUGUUGCUCAAUGGCACUGUGGAUUUAAACCUGCAGCCACAGAGCAGAGAGAGCUGCUGCUGCUCUUGAUGAUGAUGGUUCCAGAGUUUCCCCCAGUAAGCCUGCUCAGCCCGCCGGGCGGCGCCGAGGAGCCCGCCGGGUUUUUAUAUUAAAACAUGUGAAGUUGACAGGAAAAGUAAAAACAUUACUGGGUUAUUACAUGUUACAGGAAAACAUGGCAGUGAAACGAUAUUUAAACCCAGAACUAGUCUGAAAAUCAACUAAU